AUGAGCGCCGACGACCCAAUUGAGGUUGCGGAGGAGUUGUCCGCGGCCGAGCACAACCAGAUAGUAAACGAGGAGUACAAGAUUUGGAAGAAGAACACGCCGUUCCUAUACGACACGGUCAUCACACACGCGCUCACCUGGCCUUCCUUAACAUGCCAGUGGCUUCCAGACCGCGAGUCGCCUAAGGAUGCCGACUACACGGUUCACCGCAUGAUUCUGGGCACACACACGUCCGGACAAGCGGAUGACCACCUCAUGAUCGCUGAGGUGCACCUCCCCAAGGGAGGGGCGGAGGCUGGCGGGCGCGACAUUGCCGAGCUGUACGACGAGGACAGGCAAGAGCUCGGCAGCCACACCAAGAGCUCAGCGCGCAUCCGCGUCAAGCAGACUAUCAACCACAAGGGCGAAGUCAACCGAGCCCGAUACAUGCCCCAGAACCCGCACAUGAUCGCGACCAAGACGGUGGCUGGACCAGUCUACGUGUUCGACAUUACCAAACACGAGAGCCGCGCCCCCGCAAAGGGCGAGUGCAAGCCCAACAUUGUCCUCACUGGCCAGAGCAAGGAGGGCUACGGCUUGUCUUGGAGCCCGGUCAAGAUGGGCCACAUUCUGAGUGCGAGCGAGGACACGACAGUGGCGCAUUGGGACGUGAACGCGUGGGAGAAGGGUCAGGCGGCCAUGACGCCUCUGCGCAAGUACACUGGGCACUCGGCCUAUGUCGGGGACGUCGACUGGCACCCGGAGCACGACUACAUGUUCGCCUCGGUUGGCGACGACCGCAAGCUCAUGAUCUGGGACACGCGUGACGAGAACUCGUCCAAACCCAGCCAGCAGGUCGAGGGGCAUUCGGCCGAGAUCAACGCCGUCGCAUUCGCACCUAGCAGCCCCAACCUCCUCAUCACCGGCUCGUCUGACCAAACAAUCGGUCUGUGGGACCUCCGUAAGAUGUCGCUCAAACUGCACUCGUUUGAGGCGCACACCGACGACGUACUGCAGGUCGCGUGGUCACCGCACUCACCCGUACACUUUGCCUCUGCUGCCGGGGACAGGCGCGUCAACGUGUGGAACCUCGAUGCGAUCGGCGCAGAACAGACACCUGAUGACGCCGAAGAUGGGCCGCCCGAGCUCCUCUUUGUACACGGCGGGCACACGGCCAAGGUCAACGACCUGUCUUGGUCGCCGCUUGCCAAGUGGCACAUUGCCACCACGGCCGAGGACAACAUCCUUCAAGUGUGGGAGCCGUCGCGCCACAUCCGCGCGGCUGCUGAGGCUGACGUGUCUGCGAUGGAUCUCGAGUAG